UCCAACGGCAACUCAGCUUGUUUCUUACCACGCGUUCUCCGCGUAUUUUGAACGGCAAACUGAAACGGGCCCAACCAGAUGCACGUUUAUUUGAUCGCCAGCCGUCGCCCGGUUCGUGCUCUCUUCAGAGGGAGAUAAAACACGUACAAUCUCGUCAUCUUCUCACCUGUUUCGAAAACCGCGCACAGAUCGCUGAGAUGUAGCCCUUUCAGACUUCCGCAAAACUAUUCUCGCUACUUCCGGUGAAAAUUCAAAAUCUAGCACGUAAUCGCCGAGUUGUUUUUUGAGAAAACCGCCACAAGAGAGACUUUGCGCUAUAAUUAGAUGUGUUGUUGCAAUGUCGCUGGACAAUUUUAAUUUCAAAUGUGUAUUGUGGAAAUGUGAUUUCAGUGUACCAUGAAUUUUGUUGAAGAGACCGGAAAUAUGGUAUGCUGCUGCCGGAAAAAUCAGCUUUAGAAGGUACUUACGAGUUCCUACUUUGUUUUUAAUGUAGAGUAUCCAGUCAAAUACGGAUGUGGUGGCUAGUGUUGUCGCUAGUAUGGUGGUGCGGUUCAUCAGCCAUUCCAUCACCAGGACCGGAUUUAUGGAAAUGUCCCGAGAUCGACUCGCAGCCGGUGGUUGAAUGCAGCUGCGAUAUGCCGCAUACGCUGAGGUGUACGGGAGAUAAAACGGCCUUGAAGAUUAUAGGUGACAUGCUACGAACCAAAGCCUCAGAUUCGGUAUCGCUUCUGGAUUGCACCAUCCAAAACGUAACAUCAAUCACAGAACCGAUACUGGAAGGCGUCGCGUUGCACGGAUUGGUAGUAUCUUCGGGAGAACUUAGGAGUAUAGUGAAUAAUGCCUUUGAAAGACUCGCAUCACCAUUACAAGCCUUAGGAUUACCGAACAACCAGCUCGACACAGUCCCAACCACCGCUUUAAAUUCUUUGCCGGAGCUCGACAGGCUGGAUCUUUCUGGAAAUAAAUUGGAGAAGUUGAAUCAUAAAUCAUUUGAGGGAUUGCAAAAUCUAUCAUUCGUAGAUUUGAGCGACAACCUCCUCACCGUCAUAGCUCCGGACACAUUCGACAAUUUACCCCAACUGAAAAUUCUUCGGCUGCGGGCCAAUCAGCUAACGAUAGUAUCAAUCGCAAGACUGAACCCUCUAUCGACUUUAGAAGAACUAGAUUUAUCUGAAAACACAUUAAUAGGCCCUCUAGGUCCUGGAACGUUCUCAAAGAUGACAUCCUUGAAGGAUUUACAACUAUCCCACAAUACUUUGAGCAGUAUAAAGAUGGGUUCUUUGCAAGGUUUGGGUAGCUUGACGUCACUUAGAGUCCAGCACAAUCAGAUCGAUGUUAUAGAAGAUCACGCCUUUAGUCAUUUAACAUCGUUGUUAACGCUAGAGCUAGCUCAUAACCGCAUCGUGGCAGUAUCUGGAGCUUCCUUAGCGCAUCUUCAGAAGCUUACCUAUUUGGAUUUAAGGCACAAUUUCCUAAGAGCUCUAACGGCUGACUUAAUCCAACCGUUGAAGAAUUUACAGACUUUAAGAUUAGACGAAAACGACAUAUCAAUUGUAGCUAGUGAUGCAUUUAAGGCUUCAACAGUAUUGGAGCAUCUCACUUUAUCCGAAAAUCCCCUAAACUGUGAUUGCAGUCUAAGUGACUUUGCAAUGUGGUUGAGUAAUUCUAGUCUAAGCAAAGAAGAUAAGUCAACCGCUGUGUGUACUACCCCGCCACAUUUAGAAAAUGGUCUGUUGAUCGAAAUGCCAACUUACAAUCUUAUAUGUGGCGAAGAAGACGACACAGUAAUGGCACCUCUAUCGUCUCCAUUUAAAGCACGAAUAAAUCUCAAAGAUUUUAAUUACGAUGGCAAGCAUAUUAAACUUUCGUGGGGUAUAGAGGACGAUUUCUCUUCUUACACUUGUGACGCUAUCUUUAUUUACGAAGAAGAAGGUCCAAAUGAAGUCCUAGUAGAGUCUAAUCCGGUGAAGUGUAAUUCAUCUGAACUUUUGGAUCCGAAAACUUUGAAUCUGACAGUACCCAACGCUAUUCAAUUGCAAGAAGAUCAUAGUUAUAGAUACUGUAUUGUUCUUCUAGAAUCGAUCCAAGCAGAUGAUGUGUCUCUGAUUCUCGGUUGUUCCGAUAUCUUGCCCCUACUUAGGAACGUAAAGGUUCAACCAAGUACGAACUUUUCUAUAAAAUUGCCAAGAGUCAUCUCAGUGAUGGCUAACCUGUCAAACGCCGGUGCUCUGUCCAUCGAUGUUAACGUUUAUCCAAGUGCUACCUGCGAACUUAACGUAGCGAUUCUUGAACAAAGUGCGUUGUUAUCACAAAGAACAAUUAACUGCAGCAACCCUAAGUAUAACUUCUUCGGGCUCACCGCGGGCCCUUAUAGAGUUUGCGCAAAUAUAGUAUCUUCUAGUCCUAGCAUAGAUGUCAACAAAUCCAGGUGCGUGACGGUUUUUAAGACAGCCACCACCGGCUUCACCAAUCUGGAUGUAGCAUUUGUAUCGAUAUUUCUAGUUUUGUGUCUUAUGGUUAUCGUUUUGGUUUGGGGCGUCAAGAAGAUCUUAAUGAAACCCAAGAUUCAAACGCACCAGUGUUUUAUGCCACCAGAGUGUGAUGAACAUGUACAACAUAAUAGAUAUGUCAAACUGCAGGCUACUACUAAGCUUUAACUUGAGCGGUAUAUUUUGGUUUUGAUGUGCCAUACAAAUUAAUCAUGAAGUAGUUACUAUCUCACUCCCAUUUUCUCCAGAUUUUUUGUGACUGCAUCUUUACCACCUGUUUCUAGAUCGUCCUUUCCCAAAAUACAUUGUUUAUAACACGAUUGUCGUUACUGCGUAUCACAUGCCCUGGCCAUCUUAGUCUAUUGGUCUUUAUACAGGGUGUCCCCGAAAAUAGUGCGUUCCUUUAAGGUAUGGAUAUAAUACACAAUUUAGAACAAAGAAGUCCUAUAACAUUUUUUUCUAAAGUUAACAGUUUCCAAGAAAAAAAUUACAUUGUUCUCCACAUAGCUGAAUUUUUAUUUUCAUAAAUUUAAAUGACAUGGCAACGUAGCCUAAAAGAACUUGCUAUAACUGUGAAAUUUAACCUAAUAAACCCUUGUUUAUUUACUUUAAGGUGUGAUUUUUGGGGUUGUUUACAUCGUAGGUACCUACCUGCAAAAUAAUGGAUAUGGGUUUGGUUAAUAUUUACAUUAUUUUACCUACCAGAUGCAACUGACCUACAAACCUACUUUUUAAUCUUUAGAUUUUUGAGUUGCGCGUUGUUGCCAGACUUCAAUUUGUAUAUCAAAAUAUAUUUUCGUUUUUUGGUCAAACGGAUCAAUUUAGAAAAAAAUGUUAUAAGACUUUUUUGCUCUACAUUUUGCCUUCUACCUAUACCUUUAAGGAACGCACUAUUUUCGGGGACACCCUUGUAUAUCUGACUAGAUUUUCCUUUCCAAAGAAGACUCAUGAUGACACUUCUGGUGACAGAAUCUCAUCAGAAACUCAUAAUUACAAAAUUGCCAACCUACACUAACUUCUUCUUCUUGGUGUGUCUAUCCGUGACGAAUGUUGGCGAUCAUCAUGGCAAUUUUUAUCUUCUUUGCAGCAGCUCGGAAAAGCUGCACAGAUGUUGUGUUGAACCAGGUUCUGAGAUUCUUCAACCAAGAUGUUCUUCUUCUUCCUGGACCCGAUCUCUAAAUAUUUUUCCUUGCAGGAUGGCUUGUAGGAGGGCAUAUCUGGAUUUGUUUCGCAUGAUGUGUCCGAAGUACGGCAGCUUUCGAGAUUUGAUGGUGGUCAGUACCUACCUCUCGGUUCUUCUUCAUUCUUAUGAGGACCUUCUCUUUUGUGGCUCGGUAUACACUAACUACCCACCUAUAUUUAACAGAAAGCUAGUUUGUUUUGUACAAAAAUCCACACUGGCUAUUUUAUUACUGGUUUCUACUUCUUGAUUGUUUAAAUUUAUAAUAUUCUGUAUUGUAAUUAAUGUAACUGCAAAUACUUUUUAAUCCCUCUAUUAAAUCAGCUGUUACUUUAUGUCAAUCCUGUUAACUGAUUUUGUGAAUAUAAAACAAACACAAAAACAUAAUUCUUUAAAUUGCUUUUAAUUUCCACUGAAUUUAUUUGUAAUUUUCACAGAAAUAGUUCAGUCUGGCAACAAUGCAAACUCAGUCACAGCGACGCUGUGUAGUGCUAGUAGUACCUAAGAUCCAUGUAUUUUUAUAUUAGUAUCUAAACAAAUAACAGAAAACAUCGCUUUAAUUGAUAAGAUGUUAGAUUGAAGAAAUAAAUAAAUUGCUGGUAUUUGAAAGAAAGGUUCUCAGAAUAAUAUUUGGCUCUCUCUAAAAAGAGAUGAAUUGACAGGAGAGUGGAGAAGACGCCGCAAUGCUGAAUUGGUGACUCUGUAUAGUACUGAAAACAUGGUCAGACAUCUAAAAGCUAACCGGAUAAGGGCAGGUCAUGUGGCAAGAUCAGAGGAAGACCUCGUAAAGACAGUAGGUAUUUUUUUAGAGACCACACGGUAGAAGAUCAGUAGGCCGUCCCAGAAAAAGGUGGAAGGAUGAUGUUGAAGUUGAUUUAUCUAGAGUUGGGGUACAACAAGUUGGGACAUGGAAGCGCAAAAUCGUAGAAGGUGGAGGGCUAUAUUGGAUGCAGCGAAAACUCACCCCGAGUUGUAAAGCCAGUCACAAAGAAGAUAUUGGAUCGAGAGAUUGAGAAUCUUUUUAUUAACCAACCUGCAAGGCUCGUUGGAAUAAUUGAUAAGAAACUUCUUGUUAUAUUUGCUGCUUCUUGGCCUAUUCUAGCACUGUUGCCGUUAUAAAAUGUAUAUUCACUUCUUAAAUUUCUAGCCCUGUCGCCAGGGGGGUACAACGGCCUCCUUUAUUCAGAUGGACUUACUCAAGUUUUUUUCAUGUAUUUUGACCCGUAGAAUACGAAUUUUUUGGGUAACAGUUGAUCUGGAUGUCGAUAAGAUUGUUAUAGACAAAGAACUUGAGGAAUUACAUAACAGCGAUUUCGCGUAAAACAAAACAUUUUUUUUUGUAUUUUUUGGGUCAUUCUAAGCAAAAAAUGUUCUGGCAAGUUUUUUCGUAGGAUGCAUACUUUUCGAGAUAAACGCGGUUGAACUUUCAAAAAGUCGAAAAAUUGCAAUUUUUGAACCCGAAUAACUUUUAAUUUAAAUAAUAAAAUAGCAAUUCUGCUUACCGCAUUUGAAAGUUCAAGUCAAAUUAUAUCGGUUUUGAUUAUUUGCAUUGCUAAAAAUUUAUUUUAUUAUUGUUAAAACAAGCUAUAAACACCUAGUGCGUGAGUGAUGUUUUCAAUGAUUUCUCAUUUAAAAUCGAACGAGCAGGUAGAGUAGGUACAAUUGCAAGCGAGGCAAUAUCUACGUAGCAUGCAUUAAAACGCAUGCAUUAGGUACGGGAAACACUGUGUUUAUAGCUUUGUUUAACAAUAAAAAAAUAAUUUUUUAGCAAUGCAAAUAAUCAAAACCGAUAUAAUUUGAUUUAAGCUUUCAAAUACGGUAAGCAGAAUGGCUAUUUUAUUUUUUAAUCAAAAGUUAUUCGGGUUCAAAAAUUGAAAUUUUUCGAUUUUUUUGAAAUUUUAAAAGCGGUUGUCUCGAAAACUAUGCAUCCUACGAAAAAACUUGUAGGAACAUUUUUUGCUUAGAUUGACCCAAAAAAUACAAAAAAAUGUUUUGUUUUGCUAGAAAUCGCUGUUAUGUAAUUCCUCAAGUUCUUUGUUUAUAACAAUCUUAUCGACAUCUGGAUCAACUGUUACCCAAAAAAAUCGUGUUCUACGGGUCAAAAUACAUAAAAGAACUUGGGUAAGUCCAUCUGAAUAAAGGAGGCCGUUGUACCCCCCUGACAGGACUAUUCUUACAUUGUGUAUGAAAAUAUUAAAUGAAAUUAAAAAUUUUAUGUUUUCUGUCUUCGUUUUAUAUUCACAUGUUCUUUUUUUUAUAUGUAAGCAGCAUGAAAUAUUUCAAUUUAUAAAAGUAUUUGAACGUUACCUAGAUGUAUAGUUUGUAUGUUUAAUAAAAAUAAUAGAAGAAAAUGUAUAUACACAGAGUGGUAAAAAAAUUCAAAUGUGAAUGACGAAAAUCAAAUUGACGAAAGUCAGACUAUUAUGAAAAAAAUAGUCAAAAAAUUUGAUUUUUGUCAUUAAUUUUAUUAUAUGUAAUUAAAGGAAAAACAAAGACAGAUAUACAUCCAUGUUGAUAGCAUUUUUUUCUGUGUCCCAUUGAUGACUUUCUUUGGCAAAUUCUUCUUUAUACUCUCAAGUAUGGUCCGAGAUUAUCUACACGUCUAAGUUCUACACUACAACUUAUAAAGGCCACCGCACACAUAUUAUGGAAAAUAUAAUUCGUCUCGGCGUAAUUGAUAUAAAUAAAUCUAAAAUCAAAGGAGCAUGUCGGUUAGUUUCUUCUUCUUAAAGUUCCCUCUCCUAUCGGAGGUUGGAUAUCAUAAUGGCUAUGGUCACUUUGUGGGCUGCUGCUUUGAAUAGUUGUAAUGAACUACAGUUAAACCAUUCUCUAAGGUUCCUCGGCCAGGAGAUGCGUCUUCUUCCUAUGCUUUUUCUUCCUUGGAUCCUUCCUUGCAUAAUAAUUCUCAGCAACUCAUAUUUUUCUCCUCUGGUAAUGUGACCCAAAUAUUCCAGUUUUCUAGUUUUUAUACUUUUCAUAAUUUUUACCUCCUUAUUUAAACGUCGUGGCACUUCAACAUUGGUAAUCCUUUGAAUCCACUGAAUUUUCAAUAUUCUUCUGUAACACCACAUUUCGAACGUUUCUAUUCUUCUUGUGUGUUGUCUCUUCAAUGUCCAAGCUUCCAUUCCGUAUAGCAAUAUAGAAAAUACGUAGCAUCUUAGAGCCCUCAAUCUGAGAGGCAACUGAAGGUAUUUGUUUGUAAGCAGUGUCUUCAUUUUUAUAAAUGUUUGCCUUGCAGUUUCAAUUCGGACUUUAAUUUCUUUGCUUUGGUCAUUUUUGUCAUCAACCCAGGUUCCAAGAUAUGUCUUAACUUUUUAUAUUUGGGUUUGCUCUAUAAUUAACCUUUUAUUUCCAUGUUCUGUUUUUGAGACAAUCAUAAAUUUAGUUUUUUUCUUGUUUAUUUUUAGUCCGUAUCGAAUGCAAUAAUCGUUUAUUGUAUUAAGCAAUUCUUGUAGCGAUUCCAGAUCAAGAUGGAAGUCGUCGUCCAUCAACUGUAAAGCAUAUCCUGGCGCAGACUGUGGAAGCGAUCAUCAUCUCCUGGUAUUGAACGUUCGACUUCGUUUCAAAGUCCCCAAAAGAACACCCCAGAGAAAAGUCAUGUCUCUAAGUCCAUCAAAAAUCAAUGACUUCCAACAAAACCUAGAAGAUGCUCUUUCUUUAGACCAAGUAGAUAGUGACCCUGAGAGCACUUGGAUCUAUCUCAAAGAUAAGGUAAUCGAGGCUGCAAAAGACUGUGAGGCAGCGGUUUCCACUGGCCGUAAGCCAUGGAUAUCCGAUAAUACGUGGACUGUGAUUCAACUCAGAAAAGAACAUAAAAGUAGAUACGGAACAAACGAUGAAUACAGAGCGUUAUCGAGAGAAAUCAGAAAACAGUGCCGCAAAGAUAAAGCUGAUUACAUCUCUCAAAUAUGCAGAGAGAUAGAGGAACAUGGCUGUCGAAAUGAACCGAGGGACUUAUUCCAGAAGAUCAAACUCCUUACCAGAGAAUUUAAACCUCAAACGUGGUCUGUAAUAGAUAAGGAAGGUAAUUUAAAGACCGAUACUGAUGAAAUAUUGGAAACAUGGCGAAACUACUGUGGCGAGCUAUAUAAAAAUAACGAGGUAUCAGCAGAAAAUCAGUGGCCUUCUGACUACCCUAGAGAACCUACUGUCUUACUCGCUGAAGUCAAAGAUGCAAUUAAAUCACUAAAGAGAAAUACAUCCCCAGGCAUUGAUUCAAUACCAUGUGAACUACAGUUACUAGGUAACAAAGGAUUACAUAUCAUCCAUUCUAUCUGUGUCGCUGUUUGAAAUUCAGGAAAAUGGCCAUCUGAUUGGUGUACCUCAAUUUAUAUCCCACUACACAAAAAAGGAACUACUACCAGAUGUGAAAACUACCGCACACUGUCACUAAUAACACAUGCUAGUAAAAUCUUGUUGCAUAUCAUCAAAAACAGAUUAAAAACCUAUCUACAUUACCAAAUACCUCAGGAACAAGCGGGGUUUGUAAAGGGUAAAGGUACAAGGGAACAAAUCCUGAACUUGAGACAACUCAUUGAAAAGUCUAGAGAAUUUCAAGUACCCAUGAUUAUAUGCUUCGUUGACUACCAAAAGGCAUUUAAUUGUGUAAGCUGGAUAAAUCUGUGGUCAAUUUUAAUAGAAAUGGGCGCACCAAUGCACCCGGUGACACUUAUUAAAAAUCUGUACCAGUCUAAUAUAGCGACAGUACGACUAGAUCAGAAGUUCUCAAACCAAUUCAGGACCGAGAGAGGUGUUAGACAAGGAUGCGUGUUGUCACCUGACUUAUUUAACAUUUAUGGUGAACAUGUCAUGAGGAUGGUUUUAGAAGGAUGGGCCGGUGGAGUGACAGUAGCUGGUAGAAAAAUCUCCAAUUUAAGAUUUGCUGAUGACACUACACUUACAGCAGCAAAUGAGCAAGAAAUGUUUGAUCUUCUGCGAAGAGUUGAGUACGAAAGCAAUAAAGUUGGUCUGAAAAUCAAUAAAGCUAAGACAAAAAUAAUGGUGGUCGACAGAUUUGACACUAUUCAACUGACUAAGAUAUUACAGGAAUACCAGAUAGUAAACACCUUUGUCUAUCUCGGGUCUAGUAUAACUAACGAUGGUAACUGAAGCAGAAGUUCGGAGACGUAUUGGUAUGGCAAAAAAUGCGAUGAGUCGCCUAACUAAACUUUGGAAAGACAGAUCUCUCUCUUAAAAUAUCAAGAUGAGACUGGUGAAUGCCCUUAUAUUCUCAAUAUUUGUAUACGGAGCAGAGACUUGGACUCUUCGCGCAUGCGAGCGUCAAAAAAUUGAUGCCUUUGAGAUGUGGUGCUGGAGAAGAAUGCUGCGCAUACCUUGGACAGCUCAUAGGACAAACGUUUCCAUUCUAAACCAACUCAAUAUUAAAAAAAGGCUGUCCACAAUAUGUCUGCAACGAAUUCUGCAAUUCUUUGGUCACGUGGUUCGCAGAGGUGACGACAGUUUGGAGAGAUUAAUUGUUUCUGGAAACGUUCCGGGGAGAAGAUCAAGAGGACGAUCACCAACUAGAUGGUCUGGCCAAAUAAAGCAUUCAGCUGGAAACUCAUUCUGCGAAGCUCUUAGAGCAGCUGAAGAUAGAGACCAAUGGAGAAACAUUGUUAGGAAUAUUGGAAGAAAUCACGAUCCUCAGUAAUGGGGAAACGACAGGAGAGGGAGUAGCGAUUCCAGGGUGUCUGCCAUUAUACCGGUGUCAUCAGCGAAUCUUAUGUUAUUUACUAUUCUUCCGUUUAUAGAGAUUCCAUCACUUAGCUCCGCUCCACUCGGUAAGUUGGAAUGACAAAAGAGAUCUUUCUGUAGGUAUUAAAGUCUCUUAUCUUAUAGAUAAUAAAUGGCAAUUUACUUCUAGUAACGCACCGCAGAAUAUAAGGGUCAGUCUCACGUUGGUUUAAGCUGUUUUCAAUAGCGAGUAGACCACUUGGAUCUUUGGCUCUUUAGAUGCGGCUCUGGCUCAAAUAUCCACGGAAAGCGCAAUAAUAUGUUCCUUUAAAAAACAUUGGUAGGAAAAACAUUACAUUUUAUUCUGAUAAAUUAGCUUUUAUCAAACUUACAAACUGUCGCAUUUGUCAAAAAUUCUCUUAAUGCUACAAACAUUGAGUUGAACUUUUCUUCUUUUGAAAUUGGCAUUAAUAUCUUUGAAAUACAAUUUCUUGAUUUAAAAAAAAAAACAAGGAUAUAAGGCGCUCUAAAUGCGAACGUCUUUGUGUUGAAUUGGAAAUAUUGGAGAAGAAAAAAUAUUCACAACACAAGAAGUGGUCUGCUUUGAAUGACCUGGAGAAGGAAGAUAUGAAUAUUUUCAACGCUUGAAAUAAUAUUCCUGAUUCUUACGAUCAGCUAAAAAAGCUCACGUUUGCUGCUCUUUCCCUUUUCGGUUCUACAUAUCUACAUUUAAAAAAAAUUGGAUUUUGCGCCAAAAAUUUUGUAAAAAGUACAGUGUUGUAGGAACUAAAAUCCUACAAAACGAAAGAAAAUAGAAGUUUCUACGAUGGUUAGAAACGAAGAUAUAGCCAAAAAACCAAAUAACACAUUUUAAUUUUUUGGGGUUUAUGGAUGGGGCAAGGGUUUAACCAUUUUUUUGGUCGAAUACUUUUUGAUGUAGAACCUGUGGUUCUUUUAUUUUUGGAAUAUCGCUGGGAGCAUUUUUCACUAUAUUAACCGACUGACUAGACCCUUUAGUUUUAUCGUUUAUUGAGGUAUUGGAGGGUAUUGGGGGGAUUGAGGUAUUGUAUCUUGCAAUACAUCAAUCAACGGUUUUAUUGAGCGUAGGUAAUAAAAGUUUGCUGAACAAGCAGAUUUGGCUCUUAAUUUUUUUUAAAUUGUUGUAAUGUUCAUAUUUGGCUCUUUGGAUAAAAAGUUUGCCGACCACUGGACUAGACUAAUACUAUAUAUGAAUAAGACAGUUUUAUGGUUUCCAAAAAUGUGAUUUCCAUAAACUUUAAUUAAAAUUUACGCCGUUAUUAUGAAAAUUCAGAGUUGACGCACUGGUAUGAAAUUAUUGUAAUUUUGAGACGAACCUAUUGCGUUGUGUAUAUUUUAUUGCGUUUGAGUAACAGUAUAUUUUCCAUAAGUUGUGUGCGGUGUCCUUUCCUGAUGAAAAAACUUAAACAUUCUUCUCGUCUAACAUGGAUUCUUCGAUUGGUCUGUCCGAUGUACUUUGUCUUUGUUUUUCUAUUCUGCACUUGUGUUUAGGAAACAAUAUCUAAAUAGGUAGAAUUUUGUUAAACUUUAUAUUGUAAAUAAAUAUUUUUUGUUAUAUUAACUUUACUGAUCAUAGUAUUAAAGCAAUGUUUAUAUUAAUUCCUUAAUAAUUCGACUGAUUUUUCGAUGUAUAUACAAGUACUUAUAUAUUUUUAUUAUUUGGUUUUAUUUACUAAUGCUUAUUCUAUUCUGUUACAUUAUUAUUAGCAUCGACAAGCACUGCCAGGUGCGUGUGAAAAUAAAAGUACCUGCUUCUAAAAACUUACGUUUUUAUUUACCUUGUACAAUAAUCUGCACAUGAAAUUAGGCGUAAUUUUCCACAUGAGAAAUUCAGAGUCAUGGCGUAUCUUAAAAUUGCUCCAAAGAAAUAAAACAGAGAAAAUCAUGAUUGGAAGAAUCAAAGAAAACGAAUGGCAAGAAUACUAUAAAAAAAAACUACAAAUCGUAAAUUGCGCCAAUUUAAAGCAACAUAAAUAGACAGAAUACAAAUCCUCAUUUCUCCUGAACUGUUAAACUUUUUAAAAAGUGACGUUAGUGAAAGAAAAUAACUUCAUGUCACUUUAUAACGUCAUUUUAUGAUAAAAAUCUUUUUUGUGCUUCGUAUAAGUCGAAUAUGAAGAAAUUUAAAGGAAAACAGUUACAGUUUUCUGCGAAGACAAUGACUAAAGAAGAACUAUUGAAGUUCAUCCAGACAACACAAGCAGACACGGAUAACGAAAAACGCCAAAAAGAGAUCCUUUGUAAAGAAAAAGAACAACUAAAUGAAUCGUUAACGACUUCACAAAAAGAACUACGUGAAAUGAAAUUAGAAUUUGUAAAUAAGGAUCAAAAACUGCAACAAAUUACCGACGAACACGUAGACAAUAUUAAUUUUUACAAAAAUCAAAUGACAGAUUUGCAAUCUGGCAAUCAAAAACAUUUAUUAAAUAUGAAAGAAAAAGCAAAAGCAGAUCUUCAUAAAGUUAUGGAGGAAUAUACACUGAAAGAGAAGAAGUUGCUUCAAGAUAACCACAAUACAAAAAUAUUAAUAGAGGAACAGGAAAUAAAGAAUAAUAAAUGUAUUGAGUCGUAUCGUAAUCAUGUAAAAUCAGAAAUACAGGAUGCUAAGGAUAAAAUUGACAGAAGAUUUAGAGAAUCGGAUGCUAAAUAUGAGAAAAGAUAUACGGAAAUUAAAAGAUUAAUGCAAUCUAUAAAUAUGUAGUUUUAUGUAAAUAAACUAUUUAAAAACUA